UUUAAUUUUGGAAGUUCAUUUCGUCCAUGGGGAAGUCCGCGUUGGUACAAAAGUCUUUGCGUGAGUCACCAUGAGAACUCACUCUGCAGUCGGCACCCAAUCCUGUGUCGUCCUCUCAAAUUAGCUCCUGAAUUCUCGAUCAAAUAGCUAUGGCAGAACCGAAUUCCUCUGUUCCCAAAUCAACAUCACCAGCAGCAGAAGUCCAUAUUAUUUACACUGACCAACCUCAAGGCGAUGAACCUGAAUCCCAUCAUCUUCGCACCCUCACUUCCGUACUCGGCAGCGAGGAGGCGGCAAAAGGGGCUUUGUUGUACACUUACAAGCAUGCAGCCAGUGGAUUUUCUGCCAAGCUGACUCCUGAUCAAGUUGAAGAAAUUUCAAAACAACCAGGCGUUCUCCAGGUUGUGAAGAGCAGGACUGCUGAACUACAUUCAGAGACCCCUCGAAACCAGUGCUAGUUAAAGGACCAGGACUGUAAUACUUUUAUUAUGUAACUGCAGAUCCCUUCAAUAAUUUUGUAUUUAAACCAUCCUUACUUUUAUUACGUAAUGACGACAGACUCCUUGGUUCAGAAAGCCAAAGGUAAAGGU